AUGGCUUCAGCUUCAGAGGACGAAUUCGAUGUGAUUCUGCUCGGGACAGGCCUGACAGAGUCCAUCACCGCUGCGGCCCUCGCAAAAGCAGGCGUCAAGGUCGCUCAGAUCGACACAAAUCCAUAUUACGGCGCCGAGAAUGCCAGUCUCUCGCUGGACGAACUGACUCAGUGGGCCGACGAGCAGAACAACACCCAGUCGCCAGGGAGGUACAGGUCGAUCUCGUACUCAUCCAAGAGCAUCGCCGAUGGCCGGCGAUAUUCGAUAUCGCUCUCACCUGCUGUCAUUCCAUCUGUAGGGCCGCAUAUUACCUCCUUGGUCGCUUCAGGCGUUGCCAAGUACGGGGGAUUCAAGCUGCUCCAGAAUAUCAGCAUAUAUUCCUCAGGAAAGCUUCACAAUGUUCCUGGCUCCAAAGAGGACAUAUUCAAGAACACUGAGAUCACCCUUCUGGAGAAACGCCGAGUGAUGCGAUUCCUGAUGUUUGCAGCGAGUGAAUUCGAGGAAAAAUCUGAGCUUUGGGGGAAGAAGGACCUACCUUUCAGCCAGUUUCUCGAGUCCACUUUCUCACUCAGCAACGCCAUGAACACCGUCAUUUGUUUCGCCUUGGCCUACUGCUUCUAUCCAUCUGAUCCUACGGAGAAUGCCCUCAUCCGCAUCCGUCGAUACUUGCGUUCUCAUGGUCGCUAUGGUCCCUCAUCGUUUAUCAUUGGUCAGUACGGUGGAGCUGGCGAAAUCGCUCAAGGCUUUUGUAGAACAGCCGCAGUUCAUGGUGGUGUCUACGUUCUUGGCCGAUCUAUUGGAAGCAUUACGCCAAUACCCUCUCUUGACGCGCCAUCAGACCGCUCGGAACAGACCACCCAAGCGCCUUCAUACACUGUGACUCUUAAUGAUUUCCCGGAACCCCUCACCUGCCGCGUGCUCAUCUCUUCGCUUCACCUUGCUCCUGAAGAUCUGGGUGGCUCGGCACAAUACAUCCCCCUUGAUCCAUCAUAUGACCGCACACACUUUGGAUUAACCGUUGCCAGAUGUGUUGCUAUAAUCGAUAAACCCGUCAUAUUUGCGUCCACUGAUGCGGCGGCAAGUGAUGAAGAUGCUGGAGAUCUGGAGGAGCCGAAGGCAAGACAGCCAGACCCAUCCGAUGUUGCUUCUAUCAUAUUCCCUCCUUCUACACUUGAGGGAGGCUCAGAUUCCGCGGCAGCUACUGUCAUUAUUAUGGGGGCAGGUACUAUGUCCACCCCUGAAGGCAAAUGGAUUGUAUAUAUCAUGCUUCCCGUACCGGGAAAUACCCGAUCGUCGUCUGAGGACCUCCUGCAGCCCUAUCUUUCUCACAUCCUAACGUUAACUUCGGUCCCAGAUAGUGGUGAUCAGCCUGACCAUGGUAGCUCCCAUCUCCUCUUCAAACUGUUUUACUUGGAGCACAAUGAUCCACCUCAACCACCGACGGCCCCUUGCCCCCCAUCAGCAUCCUUCUUCAUCACACCUCCGUCAAUCCAGCAUCCGACAGAAAUUUUCGAUUGUGCGACGAGUAGCGCCGAAGCUACUUUCUGGCGUACGAUCCGGGCACUUCAGUCAAUCAAGGCCCUUUCACCUGCCAACGGUGACGGCGCAACGUUGGAAGUAGAUAGUUUCUGGCCUUCCUUGGAUCGCGAUAUAGACGAAGACGAAAAGGACGAGUGGUAG